CUAGUCGUCUCAAAACACUUGACCCGUCCGCCGGCUGCCAACAGUGACCAAUUGGCCACUGAUGACACCAGCACACAGGCGGGCCAAUUUUUAAACCAAAAAAUACAUAUAGUUACAAUAGUUUCGAAGCUAAAGUCUUUUUUUAGUUUUUUCUAAAAUACUUUCCGUCAAAUUUUCGUACCUAUUCGGCUAAAAAAGAAACGGGCAAAAUCGGGGCUUUUCUUUCAACGGGUACAGAAGCUGAAGCAACGAUCGCGAUGAAACCGCCAACUACUACUAUCUCAGAUGACAACCUACACGUGCUGCGACAAAUUUGUGAAAAACAACUACCGGCCACGAUGCACGUGUGCAACCUGCUGAACACACAUUUUAAAUGGAACGAGAGAAACACCACCGGGAGUCACAUGAAGUUCAUCUCGUUGGGGGAGGAUUGGAAGACAAAGGGUACAUUUGCGGUGAAGUAUAAUUCAGUAGACAUAUUUGUUUUUACUUUGGAAAAAGACUGUGAUAGUCUCCGUCAGCUGCUGAUGGAGACGGACCUAUUAGAUUCCGCAAAUCAAAACAUCUUCUAUUGCAUUCUCAACGAACACCUAACAACCGUCUAUGACACUUUGUCCGAACUCAACGUGGAUGUAACUGAAUCUUAUACAACAGCUAUGUAUUGGAUUUCAAAGGAGAGGGCGCUCAACUUCCCCGUAAAAUGUUCAGAAGAUGUGUAUAUAGGAACUUUAAAUCAGUCGCACGUGCCUUUAGUAUCUAGUCUUUGGCCGAGAGAGUUUAAUGGUGCCAAUGAAUACUUUUCGUCAUUCGUAGAAACAAAAGGAGGAUUAGGAGUAUUCUUAAAGAGUAAUAAUCAAUUAGUUUCAUGGGUACUCAGGAAUCAUUGGGGCGUUUUGGUCAAUUUAAGAACCAUACCGGAUUAUAAGCGUAAAGGAUAUGGGACGCUUUUGGUGAAAGCUAUGUGUAAGAAAAUAGCUGAAGAAGGAAACACGCCAUUAGCAACUAUAAUUGUUGGAAAUAUCGCAUCGGAAGAUUUAUUUAAAGGACUCGGUUUUGAAUACUACGAUAUGUGUAACACCAUAACAGUCAACUAAAAAUUUUCAAAAGAAAAAAUUGAUAUUUAAAAGUAAGAAAAAGAAAAGAAAAUUAACUAAUUAAUUAUAAUAAUAAAAAGAGUUUUAUAUUUUAGACAAAAACUAGUGAGUGUGUUAAUCUCUAUAAUAGACUUAAGUCGUUUAUUAAUUGGUACCAUUUAAAUUACUUAAAGUUAAUAAGUAUUUAAAAAUCACUUAAAUAUUUAAAAAUUAUUAUUGAAAAAAAAUACAAAUUACAGUAGAAGUGUUUUGAGCUAUGUAACCUCUGACUUGUAAAAUUUAGCCAGUGUGUGUAUAAAUUAGAACUUGAUUAACCACCUAUUUGACUUGGACGAAAUAAAUAAUUCAAAUUCUGGCA